AAGUUCCCCCAUUCAUAAUGUCUUACUUUGGGCUCGCAAAGCUAGCUUAUUCUGCUGUCUUCUUAGCCAUUCCGAAAUCAAAGAACAACGAAGCGUUGCCCGUUCGCCCAACGAUUUGAUGUUUCGGUGACCGUUCAGUCGCCGUCCAAAGGUGGAGAUCACCAUGAAAGCGGCCAAGGAGAAUGAAGCCGUGACCGCGGAGCAAUGGGCGCGGGAGUCCAUUCGCAUCGCACGGGUCACGCGGGAGCUCUUGAAGCGUUUCGCCGCUGCGUAUCGUCUCUUUCAAGAGUUCGACGAAACGAGUUCCUCUAUCUCGCGUUUGGAUAUCAGCCCGGAGGGGGCACUCUUUACUGAUGAUGAUGUCCAUGAAGGGAUUGCCAUCAACAAGGAUCUGUUUCUCUUAGUGAUUCAGGACCGACAGGUGCAGGUAUUGAUGGAUGAUCUGGAUCUGCCACCUGAUCGAGCCAACCUCUUCGAGAUUAUUGAUGCGGACGGUUCAGGAACGCUUCAAAUCACUGAACUGGUGCAAGGAUUGCUGAAGAUUAGAGGAGAGAUCAACAAAAGUGACACCGUCGCAGCGUUGUUGGUGUCGCAGUCCGUGCAAUCCUUGGUGGUGGACAUGCGCGAGGAGUUAGGACGCAGUCUCGCGGAAGUGAAGGAGGCGAGCAACCGGCACUUGUUGACCCUUUGGGGGCAACUGGAUCGACUGAGUCGCGGAAACAGUGUGGAGAUUCCACCCUUGCAGCGUCCAUCCUAUGGAUUUCAUGACGCAGACGGACCAGCAGAUGUGACCCAUGAGGCGCGACGACCAGAACUCAUGCUGCAGGCGUUGGUCUUGCAGGAAAGAAAUGUCAGCACAGGGCAUCCUGAGGAUAACCCUGAGGUGAAAUCCAUGUGA